GCUCCGACAGCUCCCAGCGGCCAUCAUAAAUCCAGCGCCCUGACACCUUCUCGCCAUCUCGCCAUCUCUCGCUCCCUUCUCGCCGUCUCUUGCAUCAGAUCCAUCCAGACACCAACUCGAUCUCGCGUUAGCCGGCGGCAUGGCGCUCCGCCGCUCCAAGCCCUUCCUGGCGGCGUUCCCGCUCAUCGACGCCGCCAUCGAGGCCGCCGACGCUGGCGGCAGCCUCUGCCGCGACGAGUUCCGGAGCGCCAGGGCCCGGAUCGUCGAGCUGCUCUGCGACGCCGCGAACGACGAUGAAAAGGUGGAGGGCUUCUGCGAGAUGCUGGACGAGGCCAUGGCGGGGUCGCUUGCCACGCUCCGGGCCGUGCCCCCUGAGAAAAUCGCGCUGGCGUCCGGCGAUCUGGUCGGCGCUGUCGGCGCGCUGAUGAAGGACCACCCGUCGGAGCGGGUCCGCGAGCUCGCGCGCGACGUCGUGCGCGGGUGGAGGGCGGGCGUCAAGGCCGAGCUCGCCAGGGCCAGGGCCGCCAUGGACGUGCUGGACGCCCUCUCAUCAUCUACUCCGCCGCCGCCGCCGGUCAAGGACGACACCAAGACGACAAAGAAGGAAGGGAAGAUACCGGAGGAGCAGCCUCGUCCAAGGAAGACACCCGCCGCCAUCACCAGAAGCCAUCCCAGCACGGCGGAGUCCAAGAAGGGGGCUCCGAUCGCCAGCGCCAGCAAAGCCAGGCCGUCAGCGAACAUCGGAGUUGCAGCCGUUAUCCCUGCGCAGCCGAAGAAGACGCCGCGUGUCAUCGUUAGCAGCAGCGCCACCGAGGAGGAGAAGAAGAUGGAGGCCACGAAGCGCAAGCUCCACGAGCGGUACCAGGAGGCCGAGAACGCGAAGCGGCAGCGCAAGAUACAGUGGAUCGAGCCACGACCGCCGCCGCCGGGGAUGAAGAAGGGCCUAAUGCAGCGCAACGCGGACACGGCACGCUGCGCGGCUGCGAGGUGCUUGGUCAAGUCUAGGCGUCUAGCUCGCUUGGGAUGAGGGUUUUGUCAGGGUUUUGUCAGUUGUGCAAUAUGCAACACAUCUGCAGGAGCAGAGGCAGAGCACCGGCGUGGUGUUCUCCAACAAUUAUUGCUACAGAUAGUCCAGCUCAAUCUGUACAU